CUGGCGGAAAGGCGGUAUUGAAUCAGAGCUCCGAGUUGUUUGGGUUUGCUACAAGUGUUGCUGGGUGGGCACAGCGGUUCUCUCACAGCUACUAAGGAAAUUCACCCAUUUUUGCAGAAAUGAACAACAGAACCACUUUUAUGUGCACAUGUACAGUUGUUUUACUAUUUCUUGUGGUUGAAACAAGGUGUGCUUCAAAAAGCAGAGUCAACGCAAGAAACUGGGGUCCACAAGCAAUGAUGUACCUUAAAGGACGAUACGGCAGGAGAUAUGCCUCAGAUUAUGAUGAAGAGGAUCAGCUUUACAAAUUUGACGCGAAUAACUUGAAUAUGCUUCUCAAAGGAUACCAAAAAUCAAGAGCAAUGGAAUUCAGAAACAUCAGAAGAAUGUUAAUAGCUGAAAAUAUAGAGAUGCCAUACCUGGAAUAGCAAAACAAUAAGGACUGGUCUUCAGUUUUCUUGUUCAGAAGUGAAGAAGCACACUUAUUGUUUGUGCAGCAACAAUAAUGUGGUCUUUGUACGCCUUACCAACCACGUUUUCAUCAUGAAACAAAUUACUGUUUUGUAUUCAUACUGUAUAAACCUAUGUGCAUUUCCCUGCAUUAUCUGCAUAAUGCAUUUUUUUUUUGCUUCAGAGGUUGUGUAAUGCCUUUUAAAAUGUCUGAGUAAAAGAUUAUUUAGGUUUAGUAUUUAUUUGGGCAUUCUUAUUUGUAUUAUUGAAUUACAGUAACUGUGUUUGGUAGUAGCUGUUGUAUGAUAUGUGUAUUCUAGACAAACGCAUCAAAAGUAACUAGCUAAAUAAGGGAGAAAACAUGAAGUGUGCAUUGUGUAUUAAGCUAUACUCACAUUAAAUUAGUAAUAUAGAGCAUUUUGUGGGCUUAUGCCUUUUUUCUAAUGGAGGUUUCCAUAAUACAACUGUACCAUGCCAUCUGAACAGUAAACAAGAAAGUUAACCGCUUUGGAGUAUUUUUUUUUUAAAAUUAUAUUUCUCUAAGUUUUUGUUUUUGCCUAAGUGCAAUGCACACAGGAAGGCGAAGUAAUUAAAAAAGCCUAUCUACAGAAGAAAGAUACAUAGCUUGCGUUGUGCAGUAGU